AUGAGUCUCCUCAAGCGCAUCGGCAUCACGCACCCAAUCAUCCAGGCCCCGAUGGCCGGGACCGCGACGCCGGCCAUGGCUGUGGCCGUCUCGAAUGCCGGCGGACUCGGCAGUGUUGGCAUUGGUGCCGGUGACGCCGAGGCUGGACGUAAGGUGAUUCGCGCUAUCCGCGAGGGAACCGAUAAGCCGUUCAAUGUCAACCUCUUCGUACACGAACCCUUCGUCUCCGAUACAGCCCGCGACGCCGCAUGGUGCAAAUACCUCGCCCCAGAGUUUGACAAGUACGGUGUUGCGGCUCCAAGCGGUCUCCGGACGAUAUACGGUACCUUGAAGACUGACAAGGAUAUGCUCGCCAUGUUACUUGAGGAGAAGCCGCCGGUCGUGAGCUUCCAUUUCGGCUUGCCGCCACCAGAGGUCACCAAGGCUCUCAAGAACUAUGGCGCUGUGUUGCUCGCCUCAGCAACCAGCCUCGAGGAGGCCAAGGCUUGUGAGGCUGCGGGCGUCGACGCCGUCGUCGCCCAGGGGUACGAGGCUGGUGGACACCGGGGUAUCUUUAACCCCAACGGACCGGAUGACCAGCUUUCCACUGCGUCGCUAGUUUCGCUCCUCACAAAGUCGAUUGGCGUUCCAGUCAUCGCUGCUGGCGGAAUCAUGGAUGGCGCGGGCAUUAACGCAUACCUCGCGCUUGGGGCAGCAGCGGCGCAGCUCGGCACUGCGUUCAUCGACACGACGGAGAGCGCUGCCCCGCCAGCACAUCGCAAGGCACUCAAGGAGGGUGGACAGCACACGCGCCUCGUCGCUGCCAUCUCGGGCCGGCCUGCGCGCUCCGUUGAGUCGAACUGGACGCGUCUGCUCGACCAGAUCGAAAAGGACGGAGUGCAGAUCGCAGGAUACCCGAACGCCUACGACUUGGCCAAGCAGCUCCAUGGAGCAGCGAGCGCCAAGGGUGACCAGGCGUGGGGCCCGUUUUGGGCGGGUCAGGGAGCGCCUCUCGCUCGCCAGAUGGGUGCGGCUGAACUCGUCGAGACGCUCCUCAAGGAGAUGAAGGAGGUGUCUCGAGCCAAGUUGUAG